AUGUUUAUAUUUCUAUUGAUUAUUGUAAUUACUAAUGCAACAGAAAGUAUUAACAAUAAAGAAGAAAGAAAUAAAAAAGUAAUACACACACAAAUACAAUCAAAACAACACAAAAGAAUGUUUAAUCUAUAUGAUAUACAAUUAAAAGGAGAAAAUGAAGAAGCAAAAGAAAUAAUAAGAAAAGAAGAGAAAGGAAUAACAGGAGUAGUUGAAGAAAAGAAUAAUAAAGAAAAAGCAGUACAAGAAAAACAAAGUAAAGCAACAGGAAGUAAAGAAAUACAAGGAAUAAGUGGAGAAGGAGAAGAAAAAGUACAAGACAAACAAGAAAGUAAAGAUAAAGGAACUAAAAAUGAACAUGAAGGUAAAGAGCAGAAAGAACAAACACAAAAUGAAAUACACUCAACUGGAGAGGAAACAGAAAAGAAACAGCAAGAAACAACAGAACAAAAGAUAGAGAAAGGUGGUAAUGAUAAAAAUCAAGAAGAGAGUGAGAAAGGAAAAAGUCAAGAAGGAGAAAAGAAGAAAAAUUCAGGAGAAGGACAAAAUGAAGAUAUAAACAAACAGAAAGAAAACCAAGAAAACCAAAAAGGAAAAGAAGUUGAUGAAGGGCAUAAGGAAGAAACUCAAAAAGAUGAAAAUAGUAAACAACAAAAGGAGAAUAUUAAUGAGAAGCAAAAGAAAGAAGAAGUUAGUGAUGGUACACAAAACAAUGAAAAUGAAAAAGAAGGAAAGACAAAUGAAAAAGGAAUAGAGCAAUCAACUAACAAAAAUCCAAAUCAACCUGAAGAAAAGAAAGCCAAUUCUUCAGAUAAUACCAAUCAAGCACAAACAAAAGAUACGGAUGAAACGCAUAAACAAGAGAGUGACGGAAAAGGAAAAGAAACAAAAGAAGAAAAGAAAACAGAAGCAUCAAACAAUAACAAGCAAGAGGAAGAAGAGAAACAAAAAACAAAAGAUAGCAAACAAAAGGAAGAAAAAGAAGAAACAGAAAAAGUAAAAGAAAAUAAUACUACAAAUAGUAGUAGUUCAGAUAGUAAAAGAAGUGAUGAAACAGAUGAAGAUUCUAACAAACAUAAUAAUCCUGAUGGUUCAACAAGUAUGAUUCUUAGUCUUGCUCUUAUUAUUUCAAUUGGUAUGUUCUAA